UUGUGCUUCUUGUGAUUGCGUGUGGGUGUUUGUGCGUGUAAAAUCGUUAGAACCUGUAGCAUCAACCAUGCGUGCGUUUGCCGUCAUUUCCCUGCUGUGCGUUGGGUUUGUGUCCACGUACCCUCAGCAGGCAGUUGAUCCGGCUUAUCUGCGACAGUACUACCAGCAGAUUGCCCAAGCCGCUGGAGCGCAGAAUGCCGCUCAGGGACGUGCCGAUGCGACACCCAUCUACGAACAGGGCGCCCAGGAGCAACAGCACAUCCCUCAGUACCUUCCGCAAGGACAGCAGAACCAGCGUGCUCAUUUCCAGCAGCCUCAGGCUCGCCAGUACCAGCCUCAGUACCAGCCACAGCAGAUCCAGUACGUCCAGGAGCAGCAGUACCAGCAGCCCCAACCGCAACCACAGCUGAAAGUCUCCAAGCCUCGCCCGCAGUACGCGCAAGCUGGACAGAAGCAACCGCUGGAGGAAGACCAGGAGGACUAUGACCCCAACCCUUCGUACCAGUUCGGUUUCGACGUGAAGGACGACGAAUUCACCAACUACCAGAACCGCAAGGAAACGCGCGAUGGCAACGUGAUCAAGGGCAGCUACUCGGUGGUCGACUCUGAUGGUUUCAUCCGCACCGUCACAUACACCGCCGAUCCGAAGGAAGGCUUUAAGGCCGAGGUCAGUCGCCAACCGACGGACAUCGUGGUCAAGAUCCCAACUCCUGCACCGCAGUCCGCCGGUCAGCGUGAUCGUUUCGUGCAAGCUGAUCAGCCCCAGUUGAACGGUGGAUAUCGUCUGCAACAGCAACAACCUCAGCAGCAAGCGCAACAGCGACCGAGACCGCAGGAUUACUCCCAGUACCAGUAGACGUGCUCCCCAAAGGGCAAGGUGGAUCUCCAGCAGAACGCAAGCCGCACUAGACGAUAAUUUAAUGCCGAUUCCUUUAUCCUGAUCGGGCUACCCCCCCAGCCAGACUGAAGAGGAGUAGUAGUUGGGCUCACUU